AACAUGACUGGAGUUUUUGACAGCCUCAGUACAGAUAUGCAUUCAAACCAGAUUACCUCCAGCAGUUACCACAGUCUGCACAAAUCCCAGGAAUCCCCGACUCUUCCGGUCUCCACCGCUACCGACAGCAGCUACUAUAACAAUAACCAGCAGGCUGGGCUAUGCGCAGGCUCUCCAUACGGCCAGAUCAGCUCUUACCAGUACCAGAACAACAGCAUGAACAGCGUCCAGUACGACACCAAAUCAUAUGAGCUGGGCUUCGGCAACGCGUUUGGCCCCUACGGCACGUUCGGCCCCAGCUCCUCACCAACUCCUGCGGAUGCUGAAAAAGAGGAAAGUGAACCUGCAAUUCGAAUGGUUAAUGGAAAGCCAAAGAAAGUCAGAAAACCUCGAACUAUUUACUCGAGUUUCCAGAUGGCGGCCCUGCUGAGGAGGUUUCAGAAGACUCAGUACCUGGCCUUGCCGGAGAGAGCUGAGCUAGCCGCUUCUCUGGGCCUCACGCAAACACAGAUAAAAAUCUGGUUUCAGAAUCGUCGUUCCAAGUUCAAGAAGUUGUGGAAAAGUGGAGAAAUCCCGCCCGAGCUGCUUGUGGCCUCCAGCGAGUCUCCACCUCUCCAUUCGCCGCCUCUCAGCGCGGCCUGGGACUUCGCGCACAGCCAGAGAAUGAGCACUGUGAACACGGGUUUGUCCCAGAGCAGCAGCCCCCCGAACACGACUACCCCUUCAUUUCUGACAAACUACACCUGGUACUCAUCCACGAACUCUGCGAGCCAUCUACAGCCGCCACAUCACCACAACACGACCGUCAGCGCCGGGACCAUAUUUUGACUCGACAGACUCGGAACAAAAACCGGGGAAUUCAUUAUGUGAACUUGCAUCAAAUGACUUUUAGGCCUGUUUUCCAGUAUGAAUGGUGAGACCUCUUCACCUUCGCCACGUUGAUCAUUGCCAGUGCGUUUUGGGCGCAACGCUGUUUCUUUUCAUGCAAUGUCGUCAACAAGCAGACACUAAAGAAUCAAACAUAUAGGCUAUAAUUAUUUUUGUAUUUAUUUAUUUUGUUCUAUGGGUGGUACAUCAGUGGAUUAAAACCAGUUGUUCGGUGAACUACUAUUAUCCAAAGCCUAGAGAACUCAUGUGGACAUUAAUGGAGUGCAUAUUGCAGCAGGGUGUAUAAGAGCACAUGUAGCACAACCUGAAGCUGUUCGGUGCCUUUUGAAAAGAACUUAACUGUCCCUUUCCACCGUAAAUGUGUUUCAUGCGCCUGUCUUUUUUUCUUUU